CAAUAUCACCGAAAGGGAAAUAUAUUGCUAUUUAUGAUAAAAAAAACAAAGCUGUUGUCUGGUGGACGCUCGAUGAAGAAAUUGAAGUAAUUGAAGAUGAAAACAAGACAAGUGAUGAUGAAAUUGAAGAAAUUGAAAAUGAAAAUAAUAAAAAAAAGCGUAGUAAUGAAUUAUAA